AUGCUUCUUGGAGCCAGGGGCAAUCUGACCACGAGCCGGACGCUGAUGGCAGUCCUGGCGGCCAAGAACAGCACGGGCUACCAGACCCAGGUAAGUGCGCUGCCUGACGUCCACCUCAUCCCCCCGGUGCAGAUCCUUCGUGUGGAGCCAGAGGCAAUGUGCGUGUCACCGUGCCGCUUGCAGUGGGACUUCCCUGGUCUGAAGGAGCGGCUCCUGACGGCCUUCGUUGUGAACGAGACCGAGGCUUUGGCGGUAGAUUGCUUGGAGGUGGUGUGCGAAGUGCCGCAAUAUCUGCAACUCGGCAGCUCUUCCGGUGCUCUUUCAAAGGAGUCUCUGGAACCCCGGCUGUACCUCAACGAGCCGCCACGAGCUCAGAGCAUGCGAAGGGGCUCCCUGUCCCUGUCCGUCGACGGGAUACUCUGGUCGAACUCGCUGCCCGUGAUCUUCAUGAGACAGGUUCACUUGCACCUUUCCGGGCCCACCGUGGUGCCGCCCUUCACGCCCAUCUCCCUGAACGUGACAGCGACCUUCGAGUCCCUCCAGCAGUACCAGGCAGCCAUGAGGGCUGGCUUAGGGUUUAGGGUUUAG